UGGGAAGAGGCAUGUCCAUCCAACAGGUCGACUCACAAUUAUUUUAGACGGCCCACUGAGGGCAGGCCCUGCAGGGUCCUAGUGCUGUGAAUCAGUGUGAGUGCAUCUAAUGAUGUGCAUGUUCUAUAAUUAUUGGAGAUGGUUCCCUGGUGUUCCCAAAAGCAAGACACCAGGGUGCUAAAGCAGGACAGGACCUGAAAAAAUGUGACAUGAUACACUAAAGCCUGAGGACGAGCAUCGAUAGAAAUUAGCUGGAGAGAGACCCUCAUGAAUAGAAACACUUCACAUCGCUUGCCUGGAGCAGCAGAGACAAGGCUACAGAUAUAGGUCAUUCAGAUUCCAACCUAGAGGCACCGCCGUUGGAGAUGAGGUCAUCAGAAGAGCAAGCAGCCACAACAGUGUUGCAGAGAUUGCUGCAGGAGCAGCUUCGUUACGGAAAUCCUAAUGAAAAUCGCAACCUAUUGGCCUUGCACCAACAAGCCACGGCGAAUGUGCCUCCAUAUGGUGGUGGCCAAGGGUCACAGAACGAAGGAGUGACCUCUCAGGAUCCCCAGCUGAAUCCACAUGCAGCCCGCCAGGAGCCUCAGGGGCAGGAGAUCCAGGUGGAGAACAUGAUGGAGAAACAGAUGCCAAUAAGAUCUCAAAACAGUGAAGAUCUUCCAAGUUAUGAGGAGGCCAAGGUCCAGUCACAAUACUUCCGAGGGCAGCCACACGCAAGUGUUGGUGCUGCAUUCUAUGUGACUGGAGUUACUAAUCCAAAAAUGAGGACUGAGGGUCGACCCACUGUCCAAAGGGUGAGUCCUGGGAAAGUUCAUCAGGAUGAUGGGUUGAAGGACCUCAAACAGGGCCAUGUUCGGUCCCUAAGUGAAAGACUAAUGCAACUUUCAUUGGCAACAAGUGGGGUGAAAGCACAUGCACCUGUCACCAGUGCGCCACUUUCUCCACAGCCCGGUGACUUCUACAAGAAUCCUGGAUCCAAUGAAAUAUACAGGAAUCACUCACAAAGUGGGGGGCAAAAGGUAAUGGAACACAGGGGGCCUCCACCUGAUUACCCAUACAAAAAUAUUUCCACUCUUCCCUCACAAGGAAAAUCAAAGGAAUUUGGACAUCAUUAUGGAGACCACAGAAACAACCAGCAGAACCGCUCAGAUGGCCCUAUGGUUCGAUACCAACCACCUCCGGAAUAUGGAGCUCCCAGGCAAAACCAGGAUGUACAGCCACAAUUCCAACAGCGAUCAUCAUCGCACUACCACAGUCCCACCUCUUCUCUUACAUCUUUGGGAUCUAUGAGCCUUCUUCAAUCUCCUCCCCCAUCAGGCAUGUCUCCUUCUCAGCACCAGCAGCUGCCAUCCCCGAGUCAUGUGGACUUCUUUGGUGGGCCACCACGAUCUCAGCAUGUACCCAUGUCCAAUCAGUACCACCAAGGAGACUAUUACCGCUUGUCUCAGCCUUACAUGGGACAGCAACAACAAAUGCAGCAACAGCAACAACCACCACCACAGAUGGACCCGAAUCUAUCAAGACCUCCCCAGUUGCCUUCACCCUUUUCUCCGAUGCAAGGUGACCCCUUUGCCAUUGUGUCUCGUGCACAACAAAUGGUCGCUGUUUUGUCUGAGGAGAACCGGUCUUUGCGGCAAGAGUUGGAAGGAUGCUAUGACAAAGUCGCAAGAUUUCAAAAAAUGGAAAUGGAAAUUCAGAGGGUUUCCGAAGCUUACGAGAAUCUUGUCAAAUCUUCCUCCAAGAGAGAGACGUUGGAAAAAGCCAUGAGAACUAAACUAGAGGGUGAAAUCCGGAGGAUUCAUGACUUUAACAGAGACCUCAGAGAACGCAUGGACACAGCCAAUAAGCAGCUUGCAACAAAGGAAUUUGAGGGCUCAGAAGACAACCGCAAAACGAUCUCCCAGCUUCUAUCACAGAAUAAGGAUAUCCAGAGGGAGAAAGAGAAGCUGGAGAUGGAGCUUUCCUCUUUACGCUCCACUAACGAAGACCAAAGGAGACAUAUUGAAAUUCGGGAUCAGGCCCUAAACAAUGCACAGGCGAAGGUGGUCAAGCUGGAAGAGGAACUGAAGAAAAAGCAGGUCUACGUGGACAAAGUAGAAAAAAUGCAACAAGCCCUGGCUCAGUUACAGGCCGCCUGCGAGAAGCGGGAGCAGUUGGAACAUCGACUAAGAACCAGGCUGGAGAGAGAGCUGGAAUCUCUACGUAUGCAGCAGCGCCAGGGGAAUUCACAGUCUGCCAAUGUUUCGGAGUACAAUGCCUCCGCUCUUAUGGAGCUUCUCCGAGAGAAGGAAGAGCGGGUACUUGCCCUUGAAGCAGACAUGACCAAAUGGGAACAGAAGUACUUGGAGGAGAGCGUCAUGAGACAGUUUGCUCUCGAUGCUGCUGCCACUGUAGCUGCUCAGAGAGACACAUCAUCGAUAAGCCAUUCUCCGACCGGGAGUUUUGAUACCAGCCUUGAGGCCCGGAUCCAAAAAGAGGAAGAAGAGAUUUUGUUGGCCAACAGACGCUGUGUUGACAUGGAGGGCAGGAUAAAAACACUUCAUGCCCAGAUCAUUGAGAAGGACGCAAUGAUUAAAGUUCUUCAGCAACGCUCCCGCAAAGAUCUAAGCAAGCUGGACCAGCCCUCCUCCAUGCGACCAUCCAAGUCACUUAUGUCCAUUUCUAAUGCUGGAUCUGGGCUGUUAUCUCACUCCUCAACACUGACUAAUACCCCCAUUUUGGAAGAAAAGAGAGAGGACAAGAACUGGAAGGGCAGCUUGGGAGUUCUCUUGGCAACAGAAUACCGCUCUGAGUCCAUUUCAUCUACUCCAUCACCGGUCCUUCCAUCCACACCACUUCUACCUGGGCACUCAAAGACCGGUAGCCGAGAUUGCUGCACGCAAACAGAUCGGAAUAGCGAGCAGAAUAAAAAUCCUUCUGUGAGUGCAUCUCCUGGCCCACCAGUGCGACUGGCCACUCCAAGCCCCAUGUAUAGCUCAGACAGAACAGACACAGUUUUUCAGUCCAGUACUUUGGAAAGAAAGAACCCACUCCCACAGCUUACGCAAGAUGUUACAGAUGGCGAAUUGGUUGAAUACCUCAUUUAAAGACAAGAUACACGGGACGGGGUAUUACAUCAAACAGACUAUGCUAUUUAUAGGAACAAGUAAUCCAAAUUUAUUUAUAGCUAUUAUUUGGAGCCUAAAUGGAAGAAUAGAUUUUCUUAUAUAAUUCCUAAAAACGAUCAUAUUUACAGUUCUGUAAAGGAAGUGAAUGCAUUUUACACUAUUAGAAAAGUAUCCUUGAUUCUGGAGAACAUAUGUAUAUGCAUCCAAACGAUUUUGGGAUGAAGCACUGACAUGAUGAUCAGAAAGUCGCGCAACCCUCUUCUUAGUCCCUACAUAUGAUUGUUGCCAAAAUAAAAUUGAACAUCGGAAGAGGGUGCCUUUAUUUGUCACAAAAUUUCAACGAAGAAGAAAACACUUGAUCCACAAGGACUUCUGUGUUAUACAAUAUUGCAGGAAUACUGGGGAUAAAAACUGCACAUUUUUUUGAUAGCCAAGUAGUUUGUCAUUUGACCGUGAGCAGUUCGGAUAUUACCCAUCUGUUACAUAGGACACUAUUACACACCGAUACACUCCAGGGCAAUUUGUCCUAAUGCUUUCAAUCAAGGGUAAAUGUUUGAACAAUACAGGUGAGGGUUUUUCAAACAUAGGAUUGUGUGCAGAUCUCAUUAUGUGGCUAAUGUUUUGUUCUCUAAGGUAAUUGAGAGUUUUGACAAGGUGAUGCGAAAGCUGGCUUUCAAUAAGAAAAUUCAGUAAUGAAGAGAGAAAAUUCCCAGCGCCAUUUCCCCCCACCCCCAGGGUUACCUUUUCUGUCUUUGCCUCUAUACCUAUCUAUGUACUUUAACGGCUACAAAUGAUGCUUUGCAGUUGGUAAGAUAGCAAUCUUGUUGUUCCUGAUGAGAGGAACAAGAUCUCUGUACUUUAUACUUUUUUACAACAAUUUUACAACCAAAAAUUGUUGUAAAAAAGUAUAAAUGCCAAAGAACUGCAGCGACAACAAUUUAAAAAAAUAAGUAUAAAUAAUAUGGCCAAUAUUUAAUAAAAUAUCAAACUU